ACCUCCUCCUUCGCAUUCCUUCCAGCCACCGUCUACCGUCCACCGCCAUUAUCUCCUCUCUCUCUCGAUCUCUCUCUAUCUGCCAAGAAAUGGAGUCUACAACCACAAGAAGGCCUUAUUUUCUUGAAGAAAACAAUGGGCUUGCUUCUAUCUCCGACAUAGAACAUGGGUUCUCAUCAUCACCGUCGUCGUCGACGGAAGACAACCACCGUGGACAACACCUGAUUUCCAGACCCCUGUACUCCCCGAGAAAAGCAAGUCUCAGAAACCUUUCGUCUUUUUCCUCUCUUUCUUCUCCAAGAUCUGGGAGGUUUUUGCAUGGAAGAUUUGAAGAACAACAGCCUCAUUUUUUGGAUGCUUGUUUUCUCUGCAAAAAACCACUUGGUCCUAACAGAGAUAUCUUCAUGUACAGAGGGGACACACCAUUCUGUAGUGAAGAGUGCAGAUCAGAGCAGAUCGACAUCGAUGAGUACAAAGAAAAAAACAAGAAUCUUUCUGCUUCAAUGAAAGCUUUGAGGAAGAAAGAAAAGAGUGAAACUUCCCCAAACAAAUCUUCCAAAAAAUACCCUUUUUAUUCUGGAGCAGUUGCUGCUGCUUAACCAGUAAUUUCUUCCUAAAACGAGGGGUAAAAAGGGAAAAUUUUGUCCAUUAUAUAAGUAUGUGAGGUGAAAAGAAACAAGAUAUAAUUUUUUUUUUUGCUUUUUUUACCUUAUUUUAUUUACCACGCUACUGUUUUUACUGUGGUAAAAAUGCUAUAUAACAUAACGAAAUGUGAAAAAAGGUCAAAAUAUGGUAGAGUUACCAUCUUAACCAAGAAGAAGAAUGGUGGUGUAUGGAGUAUUGUACAACUGCUUAAUGCAUGAAGUUAUUGUACGUGCUUAUCUUGUAGUACAUCUGAGUAUAUAUAUCCAUAAAAGUACAAGUCCUAAUGCAACCUUUUUUGUGGUGUGUUUGGCACUUUCUGUUUA